AUGGUAAUGUUGAUAAAUAUUCAUAACGACAGCUAUUAUCAUCUUCAAAAUGAUACUUCAUUAGCAAUUUUAUGUGCAAAUAUGUCGUCUAAUAAUAGGACAUAUGAAAACUGUACAAAUGAAUAUAAUUUAUCUACGCAAUCAUCAACUCUAACAGAUAAUAUUUUACCAAAUUCACUUGUUAUUAUAUUUGUUUUAUCAAUCUUAUCUUUAUUUGGUGUUUGUUUUAUGAUAUUUGGUCCAUUACAAAGAUCUGAAGCUUAUAAACGUGUAGAAAAUUUUACAUUUGGUCGACAUCCAAUAUUUAAUGUUGAUCAUCGUGAAGCAUCAAUUUCUCAUCGUUAUGAUGAAUCAAUGGAAUUUGCAGAUGAAUAA